AUGACUACCGGUCCACAAGAAGAUCUCACUGAAGUACAAGAUAUGACUGCUGACUUUCACGUGGCUCGCCUCCCCAAUAGCGAGCAUACAAUUGUCAGCAUCAUCAGUGACAUUUACCACGUCUAUCUGCAACUAAACGUACUUUCGGUUUGGGAGGUAUCCUGGGCUCCGCAGGAAGGUCACAACAUUAACCAGGCCCUAUGCGAGAAGCUUCAUCUCGACCCUGUUGUGAUCUCGCUGAUGAAGCGACUACCAUACUUCCAGUUCUCAGGGAUAUCUGGCGAUAUCGAGUUUAUUCACCCUUACUCAAGAGCAUUUGACUAUCUCGAGGACUAUGAGUUCCGUGGAGGUCGCGAUCCGGAUCGGUUUGAGUUUGACGAACCCCGGUCAGACUUUCUUGUCCCCCACGAGAUAGCCUUAACUUGUUCAAUGGAUGAGGGUAUCCAUGUGAUUCUCGAUACAAGAGAAAGACACAAUACGAAUAUGGAGCUUUCACAACCCACCUCUCGACGAUGA